AUGUCGACAGCUACUACGACUGACUCCUCUCCUCCCUCCGCCAAUUCCACAGGCGACAAUGCAAAUAAUCCACAAUCUCAGGUCUCUGCCCAGAACCCGACAUCUAGAACUGCCAUUGACGACCCUUCAGACCCGUACUACCUUCAUCAUGCGAAUAACCCAGGCAAUGUCCUGGUCUCUCAACCAUUAACUGGUCAGGAUAAUUACGCAUCUUGGAGUCGUGCAAUGCUAUUACCAAUUUCUGUGAAGAACAAAUUGGGAUUUCUGGAUGAGUCCAUUUCUAAACCCUCUUCCUCUGAUUCUUUAUUGUAUAAUGCAUGGUUUAGGAAUAAUAACAUAGUCAUUUCUUGGAUCAUUAACUUUGUGUCUAAAGAAAUAUCAGUAAGCAUUCUCUAUGGUGAAUCAGCUGCUGAAAUCUAG